CAAACUCACUCACUCACACACCCCGGGCAUCUCCGCUACACACAAAUGUGGGUGGGGUCGCUUUGAUGCGCAACUAGACAGCAAUGUGCAAUCCACAGCACACCCCAAAGUCCAUUUAAACUUCAGUCAGAACAAAUAACCUGCAGGAGGGGAGCUACUUGCUCUAGUAUCAGCCAAAGAGUGGUGUGAGCAGAGAAUUGCAUACAGCUUUAAGAAGAAAUAACUCUGACUGGGCAAAAUCUGAGAGGUUACAGGGACCAAGCCUAUGCAAGUCUUCGAAUCGUGAGUAGGACGUUUAUUUGCACGUCAAUCCGUCCUCUAGAGUUUGUCUGCGCAUCUUUUUCUCUCUAGCCUUCUUGUUUAGUAUCAUCAUGGCAUGGCCGUGCAUCACGCGUGCCUGCUGCAUCAACCGCUUUUGGACAGAACUGGACAAAGGGGACAUCGCAGUGCCUUUGGUUUUCACCAAAUACUCCGAUGUGGGCGAGGUGCAGCAUCUUCCCCAUCAUCCGCAGCCGAGACUGAAGAGGGCCGGUGCCAUUGCUAUAGAGACCCAGCCUCGUUCUGGUGAGCAGGAGCCCGGGAAGGCACCGCCCGCGACGGGUGCCGCAGCGGGCAAAGAUGGCUCUGCUGCGUCUGUCAUGCGCCAAGACUUCAAGGCGUGGAGAGUGCGCCCCGAGCCCAGCUGUAAACCCAGGAAUGAGUUCCAACGCUCGGCGGCCCCGUUCAAUAACGAAACUCAGUACCAGAAGGAUUAUAAGGCCUGGCCUAUAGCGAAGAAGCACGACCACCCCUGGAUCCCCAAACCUAGCCCCACCUCCGCUGGGCCAGAGCGAAGCGCAGGGGGCGGAAAACCGGAGCAGGCGGCCACCGAGGUCGAGAGCGGCGUGGAAAAGAGCGAGAUCGAAGAGAAAACACAGGAGAAAGAGUCAAAAGAGCCGCCGAAGAGAAGCGGAAAGAGGGAAAAGUCUGCAGAGAGACAAACUGUGGAGAAGACGGAGGAGCAGGUUUCUGCGGAUUUGAGCGCCGAGCAGAAGAAAGGCAGAGCGGCAGCAGAUGCUCUCAACAGACAGAUAAAGCAGGUGACUUCCAGCAGCUACAGGACUGAGUUCAAGGCAUAUAAGGAUGUGAAACCAGUGAAGGCCAUUAAAGCUCCAUCUCAGUAUAAACCCCCAAUGGAGGAGAGCAGCCGUGAAACCAGCUACAGCGCCACAUACAAGGGGGAGCAGGUGAAGGCUCAGCCCGCUGACAACAAGCUGAUAGAUCGCAGGAGGAUACGCAGCCUGUACAGUGAGCCGGGCAAGGAACCUAGCAAGGUGGAUAAACCAGUGUCUCGCACCAAACCAAAAAAGACACCAACAACAACAACAGGGAAGAUGGUGAAAAAAUCAAAAGAGAAGGUGAUUGCUAGUUCCCUGUCAGCCAAGAAGAAACCGUCUUUGACCACCACAGAACCAAAACCAGAUGGAGUUGUCACAAAGAAGAGCAAAGAGAUCAGCAAUAGACUGGCUGAAGCAAACCACUAAAGGAAGUCUAUCUCUACUCUUCUAUGUCUUGACAUGAUGAAUUAGGCACUUUUCUUCCUUUUGGUUUAUUUACUGACCUGUUGUUUUUGCUGUCCUGUCAUAUCACCUUUAAGUGGGCACUGAUGUUGAGCUUUUAAAAUAAUGCAAGUCAUUUCACUGUUAGGUGUGUGUGUGUGUGUGUGUGUGUGUGUGUGUGUGUGUGUGUGUGUGUGUGUGUGUGUGUGUGUGUGUGUGUGUG